GCAGCCAUAUUUACAGAAGCAACUGCACUUCAGUUGAGACUAAGGCAGUUAAUAAUCUACCUCAUCCAAGGCAGCCUAUAUAGUUUCCCAGUACUGUGUCCUGUGGCGUCUUUUCAAGGGAAGAGGGGAUUCAAGUGGCCGGCUGGCCAGCUCUACCAACAACACGAGACGGUCUAAAGACAGAAACAACCAACAUCAUGAAGCUAACGCUAACCUUUAUGUUCGUACUUGUGGCUUCUUGGACAAUGGUCCUCUGCACCAAGGAGGAGCCCAUGUCCGAAGACCCUCCCCUCCUUCAGGUUCCCGCCGUCGAGGCCCGCUCCCGCUUCGCCGCUCUGGACGACGUGCGUCUCCUGGCCAAUGGUCUCCUCCAGCUUGGCCACAGCCUCAGGGACUUCGUCCAAAAGACCAAGGGCCAGAUCAAUGACAUCUUCCAGAAACUCAACAUAUUCGACCACUCCUUCAACCAGCUCUCUGUGCUGGCCAGUGAGAUCAAGGAGGAAGAGGAGGAGUUGAAGAAGACUACAGUAGUACUCAAGGCCAACAACGAGGAGAUCAAGAGCCUAUCGCUGGAGAUCAACUCCAAGGUGGAGAGCAUACUGCAGGAGCGUAGCCAGCUUCAAAGCAAGGUGGGCGGGCUGGAGGAGAAAUUGAGCGGCCUGUCUCAGGGCCUGGUGCCCGCCGAACAGCUGGCUGAGAUCAGCACACUGAAGGAUGUGAUCCACACCCAGGAGAGAAGCAUUGCUGAGCUGCUGAAGGCUGUGAGAGAGCAGAGCGACCAGCUUGUUCAGCAGAGGAGCAAGAUCAAGACUCUGGAGGAGAAGCUCACCUUUAACCCUUCCGUGCAAGAGACCAUUGAGAAACCAUCUGACAACUUCCAGUCUGUCACACCGGACCUCACUGGGUAUCUGACCAACACCUCUGCAAAUGGCAGCUUCGACAUGACAGAUCUCCCAUCAGACUGCUGUGAGCUAUUUACCAGGGGUGAGAGAGCCAGUGGAAUGUACACCAUCAAGCCUAACCAAUCCGAGCCCUUCAUGGCCUACUGUGACAUGGAUCAAGAUGGAGGGGCUACUAUAAUCCAGAGAAGGAAGGAUGGGUCCGUGAAUUUCGAUCAGAAUUGGGAGAAGUUUGAAAACGGAUUUGGAGACUUUCAAGGGGAGUUCUGGCUGGGUCUGAAGAAGGUCCACUCCCUGGCUAGUCAAGGUGACUCUUUCCUGAACAUCCAACUGGAGGACUGGAAACAGGGCAAACGCUUCAUCGAAUACAACUUCUCUCUGGAUGGACCAGAGGCCCACUAUACUAUCCACCUCUCACAGGCAUCCGGAAAUCUGCCUGAUGCAAUGAGCAACCAUACCGGUAUGAAGUUUUCCACUAAGGACCGGGACAAUGACAACCUUGAAGACUCACACUGCGCUUACACCUACACAGGUGGCUGGUGGUUCAACGCUUGUGGAGACACCAAUCUGAACGGGAGAUACAUCCACGUGAGAUCCAAGGGACGUUCAGUGUGUAGGAGAGGAAUCCACUGGAAGCCCACCAGAGGGGCCUCCUACUACCUCCGAUCCACCCAGAUCUCCAUUCGCUCCACCCCCACCACUACAGCCACCUCAACCUCCUCAGAAACAGGCAACUUCCGCUGAGAACAAACACAAGACGUAUGGACAGAAAUAAGACAUUGACCAACCUUUGGCAAAGAUACAUGUGACUGACAGUCCCUGACAACAAGGCCUUAAGGAGAUUUAGGAGGCCAGUUUAGUCAGGUCUCUUCUGUCGACUGCACAGUGGGACCACGUUGAUUAAAUAGACUCUAAGCCACUGUUUAUCUUAUAGCUAAUCUAAAAAUAACUUGCUUCUCUUCAGCAUUAAAGGCUUUGGGGCACAAGGAACCAAAUGAAUUGUCAAACAUUUUA